GGAGAGCUGCUCUGACAGCGGGCUGGGAGACCCGGAGCCUAGCAGCAUGGCCAGCACCACCCAGCCUAUUCCCCUCAGCUUCCCUCAGGAGGAGUACUACGAGCAAACAUCACCUAAUAGCCGCACGGAAGGAGAUGGAAACUCAGAUCCAGAAUCCACCAUUGAGGUGAACCUGCAGAAAGCCUUGGCCGAGGCCUCUGAGACCUGUACCCAGGAGUGUCUGAUACUGGGCCACUCCGACAGCUGCUGGAUGCCCCCAGCCCUGGCCCAGUUCCAGGGUCCUGGCAGCAACAGCCCCACCUCCACCCCGACCACCACUGCCAUCAUUGGUACCCUCCCCUCUUUUGGCUUUCAGCAGAGCUGUGCCCAGGGAGCCAAAGCUAACAUGGGCAGCCUGGGGGUCAUGGAUGGCCGCCAUACCCUGAGCAGGUCUGUGCCCAAAAAAGAUGAACUGGACAAAGGGAUCAACCGGCCACAGUUCUACAACACCCUGGACAGACACUGCAGUAGUAAGAAGGAGGACCCGGUCAAAGUUAUCCCGCUGGAGAGCUUCUCUUCUCCCGGGCAGCAGAUGCCCACUGGCGGGGGCAGCAGCUCUUUCUUACACGAGCACCAGUUGUAAGAGUAAAAGACAGAUCUUCACUGACCUGACAAACAUGUGACUCCAUCCACAGACAACUUUUUGUCAGUGAGUUUAUGAUUAGUAUGGAUGCGUACGUGUGGAGGUAUUCAUAAUUUGAAUAAUUCUGACCAGCUCCAGGUCAGUUUUACUAAUGAAGACAUCUGAGAAUUCAAUCAUGAUUGUGAUGUUCAGACAAAAUCAUAUGGAAUUAGUCUGACAGCUUAAGCAUUUGAAACAAAAUGCAAGUCUUAACAUAGCAGAUCCAUGUACAUUAAAGGGUAGUUAUAUGCCAAAGUAGUUCCAUCACAGAAACAAAAUAAUAAUUAUUAUUGCUUUCAGUUUGGUGAUGUUUGCUUAGUGAUACAAAAGGCAGUGUACCAGCUUUACGCUGGGCCCAGCUUGGGGAAACGGCAUUUUAAAAGACUAUUUCCUCAUGCAGAAACAAAUGCAAAAACAGUACUUUGUGUUGAGUGAGCUAAAUGAGGCUAAAUGUUAGUUAUGAGCUCUGGGUAGAUGCUGAUUCUGUUCAAGUUCUAGUGAAGUAUUGCUCUGUAUAACAUGCAGCACAAACUCCUUUGGUGGUGGAAGAUGUUCCUUUUGUCUUGCCUGAAUGUGUUUCUGAAGUCUAUUUUGGUCAGGGGACUGCAGAAGGAUAAAAAAAAAAAGUCUACAAAGCAUAACUAGGCCAAUGGUAGACAGCGCCGGUAGUCUUUUGCAUUCUACAUUUUCACUGUGGACAAGUACACAAAAUAUAACAAAAAAAAAAAAAACAACAACAAAA